GAAGUGAUACUUGGAAUGUUCUUGUGAUGUAAUGUUUUAUUUAAACAAUGGUUUUUUGACAUAAAGCUCAAUUUAACAGUGUAAAAUUUUUAAAAUUCCAAUAAAUCAUGCUAAAUCUUCUAACAUAAUAGAAUAAUAAAAGAGAUUUUUUAGCAUGAACUUCAGGUCUUUUCCAUUUAGACUCAUUUUAAAUCAUAUACGUUUUAAAUCUACAAGUGCAGCAAGAACAAGUCAUUAUGACGCUCUUGGAGUAUCACCCAAAUCUACUCAAAAUGAAAUAAAAAGCGCAUAUUAUAAAUUGUCCAUGGUUUACCAUCCAGAUAAGAAUGAUGAUGAAGCUUCAUUACAGAAGUUUAGGGCUAUUACUGAGGCAUAUGAAGUACUUGGUAAUGUAAAUACUAGAAAAAUGUAUGACAAAGGUCUCUAUUUUAGAAGCGCCGUAGUUUCUGACGAUGUCACCGAUAGAUUCCAUAAAUCCCGAGAAACACGCUCAAGGCCGCCGCCUCCUGAUGGCCGUACACCAAUCUAUGACUUUGAUGAAUGGGCUAAAAAUCAUUAUGGUGCUACCUUUCGGCGACAAAUGGAGAAUAAACGCCGUAGCGAUCAUUAUAGAGACACUAGAGAGCAAACAAUACAAACUCAGAAAUUAGAGAAAGUAGUGUUUUCUUUAUUGGCCCUAGUUCUGUUAUGUAUGUAUUACACUAGUGCUGAAAGUUUUGAUCAAUCCGAAUUUGGAGGUGUUCUUUACAAAAGACCUUCAAAAGAUUGAUGUACUCUGAUGAGUAAACCUAGUUCAAUUGUUAUCCUUAUACAAAUAACUUUUAUUGGUUUGUUGUUAAAUGUUUUGUUGUUAAAUUACUCAAUUGAGUUUUAGGUCAUGAUAUUGCAAUUUGGUACAUAUUAAGAAAUGAUUUCGAUGAAUUGCUUAAAGAUCAGAAAAAGAAGGGCAAUCACAAAUGUAAAUAAAUUAUGCUGUAUUUAUUUUUUUACAAAAAAAUUAUAAUUUAUUUUAAACAU